AAAGUCGGUAUCGUACAUCAUUGGACAAUAUCAAAAAACAGGAUUUAGAAAUACAAAAAAUCACAUCCGACAACACCAAAAAAGAUGAAGAAAUUACAAAACUUCGUGCAACUAAUGCUAAAUACAAAGGUACAGAAGAUCCUGCUGCUGUUCUUGCAUUGAAACAAGAGAUAGCUAAUUUAAGAGAACAAUUGGCCAAGGUCAAGUCUGCUAUUAUUCGUGGUAUUAUUGCAAGGAAAAGAUAUCAAGAUAUGCUUCGCAAUGACUCUGCAACUAAAAUUCAAGCUGUAUAUCCUCGUCGUGAAUACAAGAGAACAGUUAAGCAUGUUAUAUUCGUUCAAUCAUGUCUUCGUCGUCGUAUGGCUAGAUCUGAACUCAAGAAAUUGAAGAUUGAAGCACGUUCUGCAACACAUCUAAAAGAAGUUUCAUAUAAACUUGAAAACAAAGUUAUCGAGCUUACCCAAAGUCUGGAACAAAAAGUUCAAGAAAAUAAGAACCUAGAGUUGAGAACUAGUACAUUAGAAAGUCAAAUCAAAUCCAUUCUUGAAAGAUACGAGAAAUUGGAAAAUGAUUCAAAGAAAUUCAAAAAUGAAACAUCACAGUCCACCGUUAAAAUUGAAGAGUUUAAAGUACUGCAGGCUGAAAAAGAAACUCUAGAAAGUCGGUAUCGUACAUCAUUGGACAAUAUCAAAAAACAGGAUUUAGAAAUACAAAAAAUCACAUCCGACAACACCAAAAAAGAUGAAGAAAUUACAAAACUUCGUGCAACUAAUGCUAAAUACAAAGGUACAGAAGAUCCUGCUGCUGUUCUUGCAUUGAAACAAGAGAUAGCUAAUUUAAGAGAACAAUUGGCCAAGGUCAAGUCUGCUAGUAUGAAAGGAACACCUACUCCACCUACAUCAAAUCCACGCCAAGAAACUAGCUACUUAACUAAUGGUAGUAACACAACUCUUAAACCUCCAUCAACUCAGAAACGAAAAAAUCGAAGACACAGUUUUGCUGAAUCUUGGGGUCCUACUGAAGUAUCUAAAAGAAAAAAUAAAACAUCAACUGAUUUAAUAAUGGCUGAAGGCAAAAAAGGUAGUGUGAGACCAGUUUCUAUAUCGUAUACUCAAAUGAAUAUUCCAAAAAUUCGAGCUCCAGGUGGACGUAUUCAUUUAUCAGACAUAGAGGAUGAUCCAGAAGACGAGAUUAUGAAGCUUUUAGAAGACGAAGAAGCUCUUGAUGAAGAAGUGAUUAAUGGAUUAAUUAAAUCAUUAAAAAUACCUUUACCGAGUUUACAAAAUCCUCCGUCACAAAAGGAAAUACUUUUUCCUGCUCGCUUGAUAACUUUGUUGGCAAAACAAAUGUGGAAACUUGGAUAUAUAAAAGAAUCCGAAAGAUUAUUUGCCAAUGUUAUGAAAACCAUACAAGAACAUGUUAUGGAUUUUGAAGGUGAUGAUGCAAUUCUUCCGGGUGCCUUUUGGUUGUCCAACGUACAUGAAUUAUUGUCGUUUGCCAAUGCAUCUGAGAAAGAUAUGCUUCGUGGAGUAAACCCAGCAGAGGAAUCUGGUAGUAAAGAUUUUGUAUGGCAUGAUUAUGAAAGAUUGGUAUCAAUUGUUAAGCAUGAUUUGGAAAGUUUAGAAUAUAACAUUUAUCAUACUUGGAUGAAAGAACUUAAAAAACGAUUGUAUAAGAUGAUCAUUCCAGCUGUUAUUGAAAGCCAAUCACUGCCUGGAUUCAUAACCAGUGAAAGCCGUUUCAUUGCCAAAUUCAUCACAGGUCCUACAACACCUGCAUUCAGUAUGGAUGAUCUACUUAAUUUUUUGAAUAAAGUGUGGAAAUCAAUGAAAUCUUAUUACGUUGAAUUGACUGUUGUUCAACAAGUGGUUACCGAGUUGUUAAAACUUAUCGGUGUAACGUCAUUCAAUGAUUUGUUAAUGAGAAGAAGUUUCUGUUCGUGGAAGCGAGCCAUGCAAAUUCAGUACAAUAUUACUAGAAUAGAGGAGUGGUGCAAGAGUCACGAAAUGCCUGAAGGCACACUUCAAUUGGAACAUCUUAUGCAAGCUACUAAACUUCUUCAACUCAAAAAAGCAACACCAAGCGAUAUUGAAAUUAUUUAUGAUGUAUGUUGGAUGUUAACUCCAACACAAAUUCAAAAACUUAUAAAUCAUUAUUGA